AUGGUUAAGUUCUGCAGAUAUGGCCUGCAAUUAGAUCUAUCUAUAUAUAAAUUCUAUUUAAAAGGAGUCCUGGGAAACAAGACCUGGCUAUAUUAUCAGAACAAUCUAACUUUAUAUACUCUACUGUCUAGUAAAUUAAGCAUGAACCUAUCGUUCAAUCCAUCAUCUUUACUGAAUGUGGUUAUCAGCUGUCUUUUCAAUUCGGCCUGA